GAAUGAUGAAUCCAAAGCGAAUUUGAAAAUCCCUCCUCUUGUUUACGCAUGUGCGACUAUGUGGCAUGAAACUCGCUUUGAAAUGGUUCAACUUCUAAAAUCUUUGUUCAGGCUAGAUGAAGAUCAGUUUAACAGAGCAGAAACAUACAAACUUGCAAAGAAAGAAAAUGAAUAUGAAAUGAACGAAACUAACCUACCUGAAGACUACUAUGAAUUGGAAGCUCACAUUUUGUUUGAUGACGCAUUUAAUAAAAAAGGCAAUGUCAACGACUUUGUGGAAACAUUUGCAUCCGUAAUAAAUGAAUCUGCAAGCGCUGUUCAUGGGGAGGCGUUUGAACUUGAGAAACCUUUUAUUUUUCCCACGGUUUACGGUGGUCAAGUGAUAUAUAGGAUGCCUGGUGGAAAUCUAAUGUUCAUCCAUUUGAAAGAUAAAUCAAAAAUACGUCACAAGAAAAGGUGGUCACAGGUGAUGUACAUGUACUACCUGCUUGGCUAUCGCUUAACAACUGAGAUAUCUCACAAAAUCAUCAAAGAAGAUGAACAGAACAGUACUGGAGAAGUAUCAGAGAGUCUGGAUGAUUUUGAUAUAAAACUAAAAGCAAAGGCUGAAAACACAUUUCUCCUUGCGUUGGAUGGUGAUGUAGACUUUAAUCCUGGUUCGGUGAGACUUUUGAUUGACAGGAUGAGGAAAGAUGAGAGAGUUGGAGCCGCAUGUGGACGCAUUCAUCCAGUUGGCAGUGGUCCAAUUGUGUGGUACCAGAAAUUUGAAUAUGCUGUGGCUCACUGGCUGCAGAAAGCAACCGAGCACGUUCUAGGCUGCGUUCUUUGUUCCCCCGGAUGCUUCAGUCUAUUUAGAGGCUCUGCAUUAAUGGACAAUAAUGUAAUGAAAAAGUAUACGUUACUGCCGUCUGAAGCAUCACAUCACCUUAUGUAUGAUCAAGGCGAAGACAGAUGGCUUUGCACACUUCUUCUUCAACAAGGGUAUAGAGUGGAUUAUUCAGCCGGAGCUGACGCUUUUACAUAUGCUCCUGAGGGCUUCAACGAGUACUUCAAUCAAAGGAAGAGAUGGGGUCCAUCAACGCUUGCCAACAUCAUGUCUUUAUUACAAGACAGCAAAAAUACAGUGAAAACUAAUUCGAACAUUAGCUGGCUGUACAUUUUUUAUCAAGCAUCUUUGAUGGCUGCAACAUUAAUUGGACCUGCAACAAUUUUGAUGAUGAUUGCCGGUGCUUUUGUCGCAGUCUUUGGUGUUGAAUUGAUUACGUCAUAUAUCGCUUCCCUCGUCCCCGCAGUUCUUUAUUUUAUAAUCUGUGUCACAUGUAGCACGAAAAUCCAAUUGAUUUUUGCUCAGAUACUGAGUGGGCUCUAUGUUAUUAUUAUGAUGGUUGUACUUGUUGGCGUCAUCAUAACCGCCGUCACGGAGUCUCCAUAUCACCCAAGCGUUGUUUUCCUUGUUGGAAUAGUAGCCAUCUUUGUAUUUGCUGCAUUGUGUCAUCCGAGAGAAUGGAGCAACAUUAUCUUUGGUUUCCUUUACUUCAUUUUGGUACCAUGUGGCUUUUUAAUCUUAAUUAUCUACUCGCUAUGUAAUUUGAACGACGUGUCUUGGGGAACACGUGAAAGUGCUACACCGAACGCCAAAGCCAGGCAGAAAAAAGGUGUUCUUUCCAAAAUACUUAAUCCAUUUCAAAAACUAAGAGAGUCUCUUUCUAUUUCACGGAAUUCUGAAAAGGAUGCGUACAUAAACCUGCUCAAGUCGAUGACACAUGUUAUGGAGCAAAGUAAAAUGACAAGGAAGCGUACUUCCUCUGAAGGCGAUUUAAAAGAAGUUAUCGUUAACACAGAUAUUAAAAGAGAGCACAAAGAUGCUGAAAACAGUAAAGGACGGAUUAAAACACAUAAAAUGGUGAAAGAAGUAAAAAGUAAAAAGGGCUCUGGACCGGGAUGGAUUGCCAAAUGUGGGUUUCCAGGCACCUACACUGAAAUGAAAGAGCAAGAGGCUAAUUUUUGGAAAACAUUUGUUGAGAAGUAUUUAAAACCUCUGAAUCCUCUGGAAAAAGACGAAGAUAAGGAGAAAAAGUGA